AUGUCGGUUGACACAGAUCCUUUGGAGCUUCUGGAAGUUGUAGAAAGAGUCUAUCCAAGCCUUUCAGUAGAGGCAAAAAGCGAGUUGAGAUUGAGCAUCGACUCACUGAGCAAAAGACUCGAGACCCCCUGGGAAACGACCAAGAGGAUCGUCUGGCAGGAACCGUGUAUCAAAGCUUGCAUCUACACCUUGAUUGACUUGGGGGUCUUCCAGACAUGGACAGAUGCUGGAGCUGAAGUCCAAAGUCCGGAGGAUCUCUGUCGAGACACAAAUUGUGAUCCUCUGUUGUUAGACCGCCUGCUGCACAAUUUGGCGGCGAACAAUCUCCUUAUCAACCAUGAUCCAGGAAAAUAUGCUAUGACUGAGUUUGCGAAGUCUCUGGCAAAGCCCGACCAGAAAGCAGCCUAUUGUUACUCCCGGAAAAUCCAGUCACGCAUGUUAGACCAACUCCCAUCGUACCUACGCGAGAGAAAGUACAGCCUUACGAGUCCAACUUCGAGAUCGACUGCCUUCAGUCAGGCUUUCAGAACCGACGACACUUUCUUCGUGUACUUGUCCAAACAUCCCGAGCUUGAAAAGAGCUUCGCCCUCUGCAUGCAGGGAGUUAGCGAAUCCAUGGAGAGUUGGGUCAAUAUCUAUCCCACCGAACAACUGGUACAGGACAAAGAAGACAGACAGCUGGAAGUUGUCCUCGUUGAUGUUGGUGGGGGGAUCGGUCACGAUAUCAACGCGUUUCAACGCAAACACCGGAUACAAUCAGGCAAAUUGAUCUUGCAAGACUCGGCAAAGGUGUUGAAACAAGCCAAAGUCGAGCCCAACAUCGAUGUUAUGCCUCAUGAUUUUUUCAGACCCCAAACUGUUAAAGCUCGUGCCUACUACCUCCACUCGGUCCUUCAUGACUGGCCGGAUGAUGAAGCAUGUGCCAUUCUGGAGAAUCUGAAAUCUGUCAUGAGCUGUGAUUCGAUCAUUCUGUUACACGAGCUCGUCAAAGAUUGUCCGAUGACUUCUCGAACGGCAACUUGA